CCCACUUCCACCGGUACCUGCAUGUCAAGGGACCGCUCAAGGCACAUCCAAGAACAAACAAUCCAAGCCAACAACAUCGAAGGCCAUCAUUUUUUGGCUUGGCUUGAUCCAUCAGCGUUUGCUACUACUACAUAUUCUCACUAGUAGCGUAUUGUUUCAACGAUGACGGACUUGUUGGUUCCCCUGUGUAACACGAGUACGACGCUUCGUCCUAUUAAUAGCAACAAGAGCAGCCAUGGCGAUUUGGACGAUUCUUCGUUUGCCAUGAAGAUGGAGGAAAUUCAAGGCGAGCGGAUCAAGGAAGCCAUUCAGAAGUCCUCCAACAAGAGAUUGCUAGAAAACUCAUUCUCUGGAUUGGCAGCGCACAGCUUCGACCUCAUCGUCGACAACGCCAACAGCAACGCCAACAACAAUAACAAUAAUAUUGCGAUUCAACCGACCAUUCCGGCGCGCCGACCUGGACUCACGCGAUCCAGCAUGUCCACAGGAAAUGUACUCUCCAUGUCACAGUCCGAGCAACUUCAUGACGUUCGACGAAACACCAUGGAGACUUCGGAACACGGCACUGCCAGUGUUACAGCUAGCAAGACCACCAUGAUGAGACCCAGACGAUCCGUCACCAUUGGACCAGGAGGGAGUUGCACUGCUGCUGCUGCUAUUACCACUCCCAAUCCCAACACCAAUACUCCUGGAGGAGCAUCUACCAGAAGACUCAUGAGACGAGCUGCUUCAGUGGCAUCCAUGAACCCUACCGGUUCUACUAACAGUAGUACUAUGGCCAGUGCCAGUAGUGCAGUCCCGUCGUCAUUGCUGCUGUCUCCAACGAUUGAAGAGUCCGAACCCAAGCUCAGAAGAUCACUGACGUCCAACACACGCAGAAGUUCCAGUAGAACUUCUACUAGAAGACUGCGUUCAAGUGCUACCGGGACUGCUGCACCCUCUUCUUCUGGGCUUGGACUUGGACAUGUACAGAACAAACUCAAACAGACAUGGGACAGUCUCAGUAAAAGAUCACUCAUGAGUGCUUCUUCCAAGGCAAAAUCAGAAAGACACAUGAUGUCCAUGUCUCUUUCACACAACACCAUCAACAACAACAACAACAACAAUACAAACAACACCACAAACAAAACUCAAUCCAGACGAUCCAACAGAAAAGCAAAGAAAGACCUUCUCAAGGCGGCCAGUUCCAGAGACUUCAGUUCCAGAGAAUUCCACAACAGCGGCUCGAGCAGAGAACUGAGGCCUUUGAGCUCCAGAGAGUUCAGAGCUGCCUCCAGUGAAUUCCAAAGUCAGGACAACACACCUGUGCCUGCCCCUACUGGAACUUCCAGGAGAGAAGCCAGAAUUAAGACCAAUAGAAACAGCACCAGGAUGGCUUCGUCUUCCAAAGAAAAGAACAGCCCCAAAAAUAGCAGAGAGCUCAGGAGGAAAAGCAAGGAUAGCAACAGCAACAGCAACAACAACAAGGACACUAAGGUCAAGGACAAGUCCAGCUCCAGCUUGCCUCCUCCUCUCAUGGAUGCUAACGCAACCGACAUUGCAACCACAACCAACGCCGAAAAGGACAAGGACAAGGAAAGAACCCCCAAGAGGCCUUCACGCUCCAUGAAACGAGCGCAAAGUCACUCCGUCAUCAACACUGCCACAAACUCCAAUGCUACCGGUACACAUGCACAGCAGUCCCAAAGCAGCAUCAACAACAGCAGCACCAGCAACCUCAAAAAGGGCGCGUCCAAGAGUCCUACUCCCAGCAAGCCAGCUUCCUCGUCCCCCAGAGACAAGGACAAGAACUCCAGUUCCAAGAAAGGGCCCAUGUCACGGUCCAAGAGUCCCUCUCUUACCGCAAUGAACAGCCGUGACAGCACUAAUAGUGGAACUGGUGCCAGCAGGAGAAGAAGGUCCAUGUCGCGAUCCAAGAGCCCCUCACCACCUGUAAGAGACUCAAGCACUAGACGAGGCAGUAUGGGAAGAGCCGAAACCAACACCCGAAGCAGUUCCAAACCACGACGAGCGUCGACUAGUAACAGAAAACCAAGACUCACCAAAUCCAAGUCGGUGGGAGACAACUUACUUAGGUCGGCUGUCACCAAUACUAAUGACACCAACAAAGCCGUACUAGAGACUGACGGUUCCAACAAGCAACAAUCGCAUCAAGAACUGAACCCAAAGGAACGUGCGACCACGUCUCCGGCAAUGUUGUACUCGCCGAGGAGAACCACGAGAAACACUCUCGGCGCCACGCCAGAAGCCGAUGAUGCCACCAUUAUUAGCUCCUACACUGCUUACACUCUCGACAGCACCAAGGCCGUUCAACACGGACAAAUCAACGAACCCACCAAAGUGGUGCUCAAGGAUCUCCAGCAUACCAAAAAGCAAACACGAAAGUCAUCCGUUGGGUCGACCACAAGCAAGGAUCAUGAUGAUCAACAAGACAAUGAUGAACACGCGGAGAAACAACAUCGGACUUCUUUGGAAACUCGUCAGCAUGCUGUGAGCGGAGCCAAUAUGAAGAACAAGUACAAUUCGAUCAACAGCAGCAACCACUCGUCUUCGACCUUUGACAUGGCAUCCGUCAGCCUGGCUCCUACCGGAAUCAUUAGUCGCACCAAAUAGUAUGCAUGUGGUUGUUUGUCUGUCUGUCACGCUGUAUACUACUAAACCAUAACGUACUCUAGCUAC